CAGCGUCACCAGCCGAGCCGGUGCGGAGCGGGCUGAGCGGCCGCUGCCGCCGCCAACGAACCGGGCACCGCGCGGGGGUCAGCAGCGCGCCGGCCAGGGGAGGGAGCCCAGCAAUAGGGCAGAGGGUUACGGGCCGCCGGCGGCCGCAGGGCGACGACGACGCGGAGGAGGCGGAGCCCGGAGAGGGGUGGGGGCCGGGGAGGGUUAGGGUGGGAGGGGGUUGGGGGGUUGUCCCUGGGCUCAUGGAGCCGGCCGAACGGGCAGGCGGCGGGGAUCCCUCGGAACCGGGCGGGCGUCCAAGUCCGAACCCGCGGGGCUUCGUCCCGCAAAAGGAGAUCGUCUACAACAAGCUGCUGCCCUACGCCGAGCAGCUGGACGCCGAAUCCGACUUGCAGCUGGCCCAGAUCAAAAGCAACCUGGGCCGGGCGGUGCAGCUCCAAGAGCUGUGGCCCGGGGGCCUUUUCUGGACUAGGAAACUCUCCACAUAUAUUCGACUUUAUGGGAGAAAAUUUAGCAAAGAAGAUCAUGUUCUUUUUAUCAAGUUACUGUAUGAGCUGGUAUCAAUUCCGAAACUGGAAAUCAGCAUGAUGCAGGGAUUUGCCCGUCUCUUGAUCAACUUGUUAAAGAAAAAGGAACUUCUUUCAAGAGAUGAUUUGGAGUUACCUUGGAGACCACUUUAUGACAUGGUGGAAAGAAUAUUAUAUUCCAAGACAGAGCACCUGGGAUUAAAUUGGUUUCCUAAUUCUGUAGAAAAUGUUCUCAAAACACUCGUGAAAAGCUGCCGACCGUAUUUUCCAGCAGAUGCCACAGCUGAGAUGCUAGAAGAAUGGCGGCCUUUAAUGUGCCCUUUUGAUGUAACAAUGCAAAAGGCCAUCACUUAUUUUGAAAUAUUUCUUCCUACCUCCCUUCCUCCAGAACUUCAUCAUAAAGGUUUUAGACUUUGGUUUGAUGAAUUAAUUGGCCUUUGGGUUUCAGUGCAAAAUCUCCCACAGUGGGAGGGGCAACUAGUAAAUCUCUUUGCUCGGCUGGCUACAGAUAAUAUAGGGUACAUAGAUUGGGAUCCGUAUGUACCAAAGAUAUUUACAAGAAUUCUAAGAAGCUUGAACCUCCCAGUGGGAAGUAGUCAAGUGUUAGUACCAAGAUUUUUAACAAAUGCUUAUGAUAUAGGACAUGCUGUAAUAUGGAUCACCGCCAUGAUGGGUGGACCAAGUAAGCUAGUGCAAAAACACUUGGCCGGUUUAUUUAACAGCAUCACAUCUUUUUACCAUCCUUCCAAUAAUGGCCGCUGGCUGAACAAGUUAAUGAAACUACUUCAGCGGUUGCCAAGCAGUGUUGUUAGAAGAUUACAUCGUGAAAGAUACAAGAAGCCUUCUUGGUUAACUCCAGUGCCUGAUAGCCAUAAGCUUUCUGAUCAAGAUGUUACAGACUUUGUACAAUGCAUUAUUCAGCCUGUCCUCUUGGCUAUGUUUAGCAAAACUGGUAGUUUAGAAGCAGCCCAGGCUCUGCAGAAUCUUGCACUCAUGAGACCUGAGUUAGUAAUACCCCCUGUACUUGAAAGAACAUAUCCUGCACUAGAGACUUUAACAGAACCUCACCAGCUCACAGCUACCUUAAGUUGUGUAAUUGGAGUAGCCCGCAGUUUGGUAUCAGGGGGAAAAUGGUUUCCUCAAGGUCCAACACACAUGCUACCUCUGUUGAUGAGAGCAUUGCCUGGGGUGGAUCCAAAUGACUUUAGUAAAUGCAUGAUCACAUUCCAGUUUAUAGCAACAUUUUCCACUCUGGUGCCUUUAGUGGAUUGUUCGUCUGUACUACAAGAAAGAAAUGAUCUCACAGAAGUGGAGCGAGAACUUUGUUCAGCCACAGCUGAAUUUGAGGAUUUUGUCUUACAGUUUAUGGAUAGAUGCUUUGGACUUAUAGAAAGUAGCACACUGGAGCAAACAAGAGAAGAGACAGAAACUGAGAAAAUGACUCACUUGGAGAGUUUGGUCGAAUUAGGUCUGUCUUCUACAUUUAGUACAAUCCUUACACAGUGUUCCAAAGAAAUAUUUAUGGUGGCCCUUCAGAAGGUAUUUAAUUUUUCUACAUCACAUAUAUUUGAAACAAGAGUAGCAGGCCGCAUGGUGGCAGACAUGUGCCGUGCUGCAGUAAAGUGCUGCCCAGACGAAUCUUUGAAGCUAUUUGUUCCCCAUUGCUGCAGUGUUAUAACUCAGCUUACAAUGAAUGAUGAUGUAUUAAAAGACGAAGAGCUAGACAAGGAGUUACUAUGGAGUCUUCAACUUUUGUCUGAGAUUACUCGAGUGGAUGGGAAGAAGUUGCUUCUUUAUAAGGAGCAGCUUGUAAAGAUUCUCCAAAGAACCCUACAUUUAACCUGUAAGCAAGGUUACACUCUGUCUUGUAACCUUUUGCAUCACCUUCUUCGUUCUACCACACUUAUCUACCCUACAGAAUACUGCAGUGUGCCAGGCGGCUUUGACAAGCCUCCUUCUGAAUACUUUCCUAUCAAGGACUGGGGUAAACCAGGGGACUUGUGGAAUUUGGGGAUCCAGUGGCAUGUUCCUUCUUCUGAAGAAGUAGCUUUUGCCUUCUAUCUGUUGGACUCUUUCCUUAAGCCUGAGCUCAUCAAACUCCAGCAUUGUGGGGAUGGAGAACUUGAAAUGUCUAGAGAUGAUAUUCUGCAGAGUCUGACUAUUGUACACAAUUGUUUAAUUGGCUCAGGAAACCUGCUACCUCCAUUGAAAGGAGAGCCAGUUACUAACUUGGUGCCAAGUAUGGUGUCCUUGGAAGAGACAAAGUUGUAUACUGGACUCGAAUAUGAUCUAUCCAGAGAGAACUACCGAGAAACAAUUGCUAGGGUCAUAAGGAAACUUCUUAACCACAUACUUAAUAAUUCAGAAGAUGAUACCAAGUCCUUAUUUCUUAUCAUAAAGAUUAUUGGAGACCUUUUGCAGUUCCAAGGAUCUCACAAGCAUGAAUUUGACUCUCGGUGGAAAAGCUUUAACUUAGUAAAGAAAUCAAUGGAAAAUCGGCUCCAUGGGAAAAAGCAACAUAUCAGAGCACUGUUGAUUGAUAGAGUAAUGUUGCAGCAUGAGCUACGAACACUAACUGUUGAGGGUUGUGAAUACAAAAAGAUUCAUCAGGAUAUGAUUAGAGAUCUUCUUCGUUUAUCUACAAGUUCAUACAGUCAGGUCAGAAAUAAGGCCCAGCAAACAUUUUUUGCUGCCUUGGGAGCAUAUAACUUCUGUUGCAGAGAUAUCAUUCCCUUGGUUUUGGAGUUCUUACGGCCUGAUAAACAAGAUGUCACUCAGCAGCAAUUCAAGCAAAAUACUAAGUCGAAGACAUCAGUACACUUCACCUUUAAAGAGGGUGCCUUGUAUUGUCUCCUUGGAAAUCACAGUGGUGUGUGCUUGGCAAACCUUCAUGAUUGGGACUGUAUUGUACAGACCUGGCCAGCAAUCGUUUCUUCUGGGCUUAGCAAAGCAAUGUCCCUGGAAAAGCCAUCAAUAGUGAGGCUUUUUGAUGAUCUUGCAGAGAAGAUUCAUCGGCAGUAUGAAACAAUUGGCUUGGACUUCACAAUUCCAAAUUCAUGUGUUGGAAUAGCAGAAUUACUUCAACAAUCAAAAAACCCCUCUACCAACCAGAUAAUGCUUAGCUCAGAAGAAAUUAAAGAAGGACUUAAACGCCAACAAGAAAAGAAUGCUGAUGCCCUGAGGAACUAUGAAAAUCUGGUAAACACUUUGCUAGAUGGUGUGGAACAGAGAAAUUUGCCCUGGAAAUUUGAACAUAUAGGCAUUGGGCUUCUGUCUCUACUCCUGAGAGAUGACCGAGUGUUACCUCUUCGUGCCAUACGUUUUUUUGUUGAGAAUCUCAACCAUGAUGCAAUUGUAGUUCGGAAGAUGGCAAUCUCAGCUGUUGCUGGCAUUCUUAAGCAGCUAAAAAGAACCCACAAAAAGCUGACCAUCAACCCCUAUGAAAUCAGUGGAUAUCCUAAACCCACCCAGAUUUUUGCCGGUGAUAGGCCUGAUAAUCAUUGGUUGCAUUAUGAUAGCAAAAGUAUACCGAGAACUAAAAAAGAGUGGGAGUCAAGUUGCUUUGUGGAAAAAACUCACUGGGGAUACUACACCUGGCCACAGAAUAUGGUUGUUUAUGCUGGUAUGGAGGAGCAGCCUAAGCUUGGCAGGAGCAGGGAGGAUUUGACGGAGGCAGAACAGAUUAUAUUUGAUCAUUUUUCUGAUCCUAAAUUUGUUGAACAGCUAAUUACUUUUCUAUCUUUAGAAGACAGAAAAGGGAAAGAUAAAUUUAAUCCACGACGUUUUUGCCUCUUUAAGGGUAUAUUCAGAAAUUUUGAUGAUGCCUUUCUGCCAGUUCUGAAGCCCCACUUAGAACGUUUGGUUGCAGAUUCCCAUGAAAGCACCCAGCGAUGUGUUGCAGAAAUUAUAGCUGGUUUAAUCAGAGGCUCUAAGCAUUGGACAUUUGAAAAGGUGGAGAAGCUUUGGGAGCUCCUCUGUCCCCUGCUCAGAACAGCAUUGUCCAACAUUACGGUAGAAACGUAUAACGACUGGGGAACUUGUAUAGCAACAUCUUGUGAAAGCAGAGAUCCCCGGAAACUUCAUUGGCUUUUUGAGCUUCUGUUGGAAUCACCACUGAGUGGUGAAGGAGGAUCCUUUGUUGAUGCAUGUCGACUCUAUGUCCUCCAAGGUGGCCUUGCCCAGCAGGAGUGGAGGGUGCCGGAGCUAUUGCACAGACUACUGAAGUACUUGGAACCCAAACUCACCCAGGUUUACAAAAAUGUCAGGGAAAGAAUAGGGAGUGUGCUGACCUAUAUAUUCAUGAUAGAUGUUUCUUUGCCAAACACUGCACCAACAGCAUCCCCUCGUGUCCCUGAGUUUACUGCUCGAAUUCUAGAGAAGUUGAAACCCCUCAUGGAUGUGGAUGAAGAAAUUCAGAACCAUGUUAUGGAAGAAAAUGGAAUUGGUGAAGAAGAUGAACGAACCCAGGGCAUUAAACUCUUAAAAACUAUAUUAAAAUGGUUGAUGGCGAGUGCAGGAAGGUCCUUCUCUACAGCAGUCACAGAACAACUUCAGCUUCUACCUUUGUUUUUUAAGAUUGCCCCAGUGGAAAAUGACAAUAGCUAUGAUGAACUGAAAAGAGAUGCAAAGUUAUGUUUAUCACUAAUGUCUCAGGGGUUGCUUUACCCUCAUCAAGUGCCUUUGGUGCUUCAGGUGCUAAAACAAACAGCAAGAAGCAGUUCUUGGCAUGCUAGAUACACAGUACUGACCUACCUCCAGACCAUGGUAUUUUAUAACCUCUUUAUUUUCCUAAGCAAUGAAGAUGCAGUUAAAGACAUCAGGUGGCUGGUUAUAAGUCUUUUGGAGGAUGAACAACUAGAGGUUCGAGAGAUGGCUGCUACCACCUUAAGUGGUCUGUUACAGUGUAACUUCCUUACCAUGGACAGUCCUAUGCAGAUUCAUUUUGAGCAACUUUGCAAAACAAAACUACCGAAGAAAAGGAAGCGAGACCCUGGUUUUGUAGGAGAUACGAUUCCUUCUGCAGAGUUGGUCAAACGUCAUGCUGGGGUGCUGGGACUCGGUGCGUGUGUUCUUUCUAGUCCUUAUGAUGUUCCCACUUGGAUGCCCCAGCUCCUUAUGAAUCUUAGUGCACAUCUGAAUGAUCCUCAGCCUAUUGAGAUGACUGUAAAGAAGACCUUAUCCAAUUUCCGAAGGACGCACCAUGACAAUUGGCAAGAACACAAACAGCAAUUCACUGAUGACCAGCUGCUUGUUCUCACCGAUCUCCUUGUGUCACCCUGCUAUUAUGCAUAGAAAGAUGAGUAGUCCUCACUUCAAGCUCUUUUCAUCAAAAAUUCCAGAUCCUCAGGUACCAUCUGUGGUGGCUUUCGGCCGGUUUUAAAAGUCUGCCUCUGUUGAGCUCUCAUCAUUUUGGUGGUUUCUGUGUUUGGUCUCAUUAGUCUGCGUUUCACAGGUUCUCAGCUGCCAUUUGAUUUCCUAACUUGUCCGAAAGUGUUUCCAGGAUAUUGAUCACUUUUUCUUUGAGGCAUCUGACAAAGCCACAAUGUCUCAGACUAGAAAUAAUUACCUAAUAUGAUCAUGGCAUCCAAGACCAGACAGAGUCUAGGAACUCAUUAUGAAACGGUAUACUUGGAAUGGAGAUUGCCCAUCUGUAAUAUAGGUCCUGUCAUUUCAUUCAUCUCAGAUUGAUUUGAAUUCUUUCCACAUGGCUGUUGGGUUUAGAGGGUAGUAGGGCUGUGAGCCAUAAAUCUCAAGCCUUGAGAACCUUGGGUCUGGAGAGCCAUGAAGAGGAAAGGAAAAGAGAGCAAGUCUCAAACCCAGCAAAGGACCUGAUGGAUUGCUUGACCAAGACACAGAAGUGAAGUCUGUGUCCACAUGUUUCCCACAGACUGGAGUUUUUGGUGCUGAAUAGAAGAGCAUUUGCUGAAAAACUGGGGUUUGGUGAAUAAAUUUUUGAUUGAUUGUUCUGUGUGUAUACAAUGUGUGAUUUUGAAAAUAAACAGCAGCAACAAUAAAAACCCUGACUGGUUGAUUUUUACCUGUAUUCUUUGCAAAUACUGUUUGGCCCUCUUUGAAAACUGUUAUAUACUUCACUAAUGAAAGACUACUGUGUUUGUGGAAAUUCUGUAAUUUUUUUCUUUUUCCUUUUUUUCCUUUUCCUUUUUGUUUUCUCUCUUUUUUUUUUUUUGCCUGCAGAAUCGUUGAGAGACUAGUAAAUCUUAAUAUUUAAUUGACUUGUUUAAUAAAUGUUACAUAGAUGUAAAAGACUGUAUAAACUGUAGAGAUAGCAUUGGCAAGACUUUGUACAGGUGCAACCUCUUAUGCAACACCAUUGUGUAAUUUGUAAAGAUUCACAUAUAGCUCUUUAUUAUAGUGAUUUUUGGCUUUUGUACCAAUUGAAUGCCAUUUUUUGUGUGUUAAAUUAUUUUCUUUAUCUUUUCAUGUUACAGAAGCUGAGGUGUGGGUUUUUUGUUGGAGUUCAUUUAUCGUUAGAAUGUCUGAAUUCUUAUUGUAACUUUUUGUGUGCAUCUCUAAAUGCGAACGCCACCUGUUUGCCUAUGACCAGUUUAUAGAAUUCAAGAUAUCUUCUAGGUUCAAGUAAUUCACAAAUUGGUGAAUGUCAUCUUGCAACACACCCUGUACAGUCUUCCUUAAAGGAACAUUACAGUAUAUUUUUUAGUAUCUACUUGCUGAAUGACUACAGACCUAAGCACAGCAGAGUUCCCAGUACAGUAUUUAAGUGUCAGCAUACACAGGUGUAAUCCCUGUAUAGAGUAGUGCCAAAUUGAUUAUUUCAAUUGUGUAACUAGUUUAAAACCCAAUAAAUGGAUUGUUUUUAA